GAGCGGCGCUAAAGGGGGGGCGGGGCGGGGUGUGUCGGUGGCUGCGCGUCGGCGUCCUCAAGGCGCUUGCGCAGAGCGGAGCCCGGCUGGAACAUGGCGACAUGCGCCGACAUCCUGAAGAGCGAGUUCCCCGAGAUCGACGGACAGGUGUUUGACUACGUGACAGGCGUCCUGCACAGCGGCAGCGGCGACUUCGAGUCCGUGGACGACCUGGUGGAGGCCGUGGGGGAGCUGCUGCAGGAGGUGUCCGGGGACAGCAAGGAUGACGCGGGCAUCAGGGCCGUGUGCCAACGCAUGUUCAACACGCUGCGCCUGGCAGAACCCCAGAGCCAGGGACAUAGCCAGGUGUUACUGGAUGCCCCCAUCCAGUUGUCUAAGAUGACUGAAAAUUAUGAUUAUGGCAAUAUGGUUCCAGGACUAAUGAAGAGGGACCAGUCUUCGACGGUGAAUGCUAAGAAGCUGGAGAAGGCAGAAGCUCGGCUCAAGGCCAAGCAGGAGAAGCGGACUGAGAAGGACACGCUCAGGACAACUGGUCCUCUAGUCCUAGAGGAGGCUUCGGCUAGCCAGGCCGGGAGCAAGAAGGAGACUCGACUGGAGUCGUCAGGGAAAAACAAAUCCUAUGACGUGCGGAUUGAGAACUUUGAUGUCUCUUUUGGCGAGCGGGUUCUAUUGACAGGUGCAGAUGUGAACCUAGCGUGGGGCCGCCGCUAUGGACUGGUUGGACGGAAUGGGCUGGGCAAGACGACAUUGCUGAAGAUGCUGGCAACGCGGAGUCUUCGGAUCCCCACCCACAUCUCCGUCCUACACGUGGAGCAGGAGGUGGCUGGGGAUGACACCAUGGCCCUGCAGAGCGUGCUGGAGAGUGACACCUACCGAGAAGGGCUGCUGCAGCGGGAACGCCAACUCAGUGCCCAGAUCACGGCAGGCCGAGUGGAGGGCCCAGAGGCUGCACAGCUCACUGAGAUCUAUGCCAAGCUUGAAGAGAUUGAGGCUGACAAAGCCCCUGCCAGGGCAUCUGUCAUCCUUGCCGGACUUGGUUUCAGUGUAAAGAUGCAGCAGCAGCCCACGCGGGAGUUCUCUGGUGGCUGGAGGAUGCGGCUGGCCCUCGCCAGGGCCCUCUUUGCCCGGCCAGAUCUGCUCCUGUUAGAUGAGCCCACCAACAUGCUGGAUGUGCGUGCUAUCUUGUGGCUGGAGAAUUACCUGCAGAGUUGGCCCUCGACCAUCUUGGUUGUUUCCCAUGACCGAAACUUCUUGAAUGCGGUGGCCACAGACAUUAUUCACCUGCACAGCCAGCGGUUGGAUAGCUACCGAGGGGACUUUGAGACUUUCCUCAAGAGCAAGCAGGAGCGGCUCAAGAGCCAGCAGCGCGAGUACGAGGCCCAGCAACAGUACCGCCAGCACAUCCAGGUGUUCAUUGACCGCUUUCGCUAUAAUGCAAAUAGAGCAUCCCAGGUGCAGAGUAAACUCAAAUUGCUGGAGAAGCUGCCAGAACUGAAGCCUGUGGACAAGGAGGUGGAGGUGAUGAUAAAGUUUCCUGAUGGCUUUGAAAAGUUCUCACCCCCCGUGCUGCAGCUCGAUGAAGUGGACUUCCACUACGAUUCUCAGCACCCCGUCUUUAGUCGUCUUUCUGUCUCGGCAGACCUCGAGUCUCGGAUUUGUGUGGUAGGGGAGAAUGGAUCAGGGAAGUCGACCAUGCUGAAGCUGCUAAUGGGAGACCUGGCACCGGUGCAGGGAAUCAGACAUGCCCACAGGAACCUGAAGAUCGGCUACUUCAGCCAGCACCAUGUGGAGCAGCUCGACCUGAACGUCAGUGCCGUGGAGCUGCUGGCGCGCAAGUUCCCUGGGCGGCCUGAGGAGGAGUAUCGCCACCAGUUGGGACGCUAUGGCAUCUCUGGGGAGCUGGCUGUCCGCCCUGUUGCUAGCCUGUCUGGAGGGCAGAAAAGCCGAGUGGCCUUUGCCCAGAUGACCAUGUCCUGCCCUAACUUCUACAUUCUGGACGAACCAACAAACCACCUGGACAUGGAAACGAUUGAGGCCUUAGGCCGGGCCCUUAACAGUUUCAGGGGUGGGGUGAUCCUUGUCUCCCACAAUGAGCACUUCAUCCGCCUGGUCUGCCAGGAGCUGUGGGUGUGUGAAGGCGGUGGUGUCACUCGGGUCGAGGGGGGCUUUGACCAUUAUCGGGACCUUCUCCAGGAGCAGUUCCGGCGGGAGGGUUUCCUCUAGGACCUUCCUGCUGGAAGGCCUGAUCUGGGGCAGACUGGCACCCGCGGGCCCCCAGGCAGCAGACUUGCUUCUUAGGCCUGGGCCAUGGACUCCCCCCAAACAUGGGGACAGCCUUAUUCCAACUUUUCUUCUCCACCCCUUGCCUCAGACAAGCUCCCCUUAUACAUCCUAGGGGGCUCUGUGGAAGGGGCUAUGAGGAUCGUUUUCCAUGAGGUGGAGAAGGCUCCUGGGGCUAUAGCCCCUUCCCCUCUCUCUGCCUAGGUCCAUUGUGGCCGUCAUGUAAAUUAAACCUGCCCCCCAUCUCCCCCCAGACUUGUCUCUGCCCCCUAAGGUGGACUCCUAUGACUCUUGCCUUGAAGGAGAGCUGGGGCCCUAUGUAGUGUCUGCUCUCAGGCUCUGGAUUUUCCUAAUGCCUUUGGCACAGAUUAAGGUAACAGCAGCUGUGGAUCCUAGACUGUGCCGAGAUUUCUGGAAGCAAAGUCACCAUAGGAGACUGGCCUCAAUAAACCCAGGCCUGGCAGCCACCCAGCCCUCGAGUGAGAUAGAAGGCACGGGCUGGUGUUCCUCUCUUCUCAGCCAGGCCCACAAGCUAGUGCUCUGGUCCCUGACUACCCCCACCCCUCCCCCCCACCCCUCUAGGCUCACUCUCCAUCCAUUCUCUUCCUCCUAUUCCACCUACGUACUUUGAAAAAGUGGGCCAGAGCCUCAGGUACAGCCUCUCUGAGCUCCCUUUGGAUGGCCAUUUCGAUCUGCACACUUCACUUAAGGGAAGGGUGGACUCCUUGGGCCACCUUCAGCUUGAGUUGAGAAUUAAUAAACCCUGGUCCUCUGAAGGCUUAGAAACCAGAGGAGGCCCCUGGGAAUGGCCGAGCUGAGCUGCAGCUGGAAGAGGGGAGGAAGGGAAGGCAGUGGUUGCUUUAGGAAGCUCUGUGAGUCAAUGAAGGCAUUGGGGCCAGUGUUUUUUCAGCCUGCUGAGCUCUAGUCUAUCCAGCCCAUGUCCAGAUGGGACCCAGAAAAGAGCCUGAUCUCCUGGCCCCAUCUCCCUUAAGAAGAAGUGGAAGAUCCUUUGUAGAAUUUGGCUUCCGUGCCCCCGUUGUAAUCUCCCUUACCUGCUGCCCAAGCCCUUCCUGAACCUGCCACAUGAUUGGGUGACGUUUGGGGUCUCCCCUCGCCCAUGUGGCUUCAGAGCAGUUCGAACUUGGGCUGUGACCAGGACCUGAUGCAUACUGUGCUCCUGCCUCUUGUCAAGGAGCUCUAUUGAAGGUGUCCUGAUGGUGGUUAAUUACAGUCCACACACCCCGGUGACUGGUACAGCCACUUUAGGGAUCGGUCCUCAGAGAGCAGAUGGUAGUUAAUUCCCGUUUUUGUUCAACAAACCUGCCCUGCACAGAGUCACUUUGGAUGCAUGCUGCCUGCCUCAAGUAGACGCCAUGGAACAUGCAGAUAGAGUAUGGCCAGCUAUCCCAAGAACUUGUACAUAAGCUCCCGGCAAAUAUGAAGGCAACAGUGUAGUAGUCCCUGCUCAAGGAGUUGAUGUUGGAAACAAAGUAUGCAUAGGAAAGUGUGCAAUAGAUACAAAGUAACUUGGGGAGAAAUCAGACAGCUCCCUGCAGAAGGUGGGGUGUGAGUGUCGUUAAAGUAAGCAGGCAGAGAUGGGGGAGGACGGGGAACGGCAGUGUUCGUGAGAAGCAGCCAGAGGACAGGAAGGGAGCCAUUCAGUUGACACCACUGAAGCCCACUUGUGAAGGGCUUUGGAGGCCUAGCAGAAUUGAGGCUUGGUCUUAAAUAUGAUGCAAUCAGAGCUUAUGUAACCAGAGGGGAAUAACAAGUCAGCUCUUUGUUUCAGGGUGGGUGAAUGUGGUCAUGCUGCCUAGUCUGAAUUGGAGGUAGGGAGAACAUCUAGUUUCCUUCUGUGAUGUCCAAGGUGAGGAAGAUCCAGCAUCAUUACUGGCCUGUUCUUACUUCAGUUCACCAAAAGCAAUCUCUCCUGAAGUUUUCUCAGAUCAGCAUUUUGUGGUCUGGGGAUUCCCAAGACUACACCAGGGAGCCUGUGCAGUCAAAACUUUUGUACUCCUAGGAUGCUGUCUAAUUUGGUAAAUCUCAAUACACAUAACCUGAAUAAAA